GCCCCGAGGCUGCGGGCGGCCAGGGCUGCCCGCGGAUCCCCAGACCCGGACGCCCGAGCCAGCAACCCUGAGGGGCGGCCGGGCAGCGCCGCCACCAUGUUCCUGGGCACCGGGGAGCCGGCCUUGGACACGGGAGAUGACAGUCUGUCUGCAGUCACCUUUGACUCUGAUGUGGAGACGAAAGCAAAAAGGAAAGCUUUCCACAAACCUCCACCCACAUCGCCAAAGUCACCUUAUCUCUCUAAGCCGAGAAAAGUGGCCUCCUGGAGGUCCCUCAGGACGGCAGGGAGCAUGCCUCUGGGCGGCCGAGCGUCCCUGACCCCGCAGAAGCUGUGGCUGGGAACCGCAAAGCCAGGAAGUCUGACCCAGGCCCUGAACUCACCCCUCACCUGGGAGCAUGCGUGGACCGGCGUCCCCGGCGGCACUCCCGACUGUCUGACAGACACCUUCAGAGUGAAGAGGCCACAUCUCAGGCGCUCUGCCAGCAACGGUCAUGUCCCUGGGACUCCUGUCUACAGAGAAAAAGAAGAUAUGUAUGACGAGAUUAUUGAGUUAAAGAAGUCAUUGCACGUGCAGAAGAGCGACGUGGACCUGAUGAGAACGAAGCUCCGGCGCCUGGAGGAGGAAAACAGCAGGAAGGACCGGCAGAUAGAGCAGCUCCUGGAUCCCAGCCGCGGCACGGAUUUUGUUCGGACUCUGGCAGAGAAAAGGCCCGAUGCCAGUUGGGUCAUUAACGGGCUGAAGCAGAGGAUCCUGAAGCUGGAACAGCAGUGCAAGGAGAAGGACGGCACCAUCAGCAAACUUCAGACCGAUAUGAAGACUACCAACCUGGAAGAGAUGCGGAUCGCCAUGGAGACAUACUACGAGGAGGUGCAUCGUCUCCAGACCCUCUUGGCAAGUUCUGAAACCACCGGAAAGAAGCCCCUGGGGGAGAAGAAGACAGGCGCCAAAAGGCAGAAGAAGAUGGGCAGUGCCCUCCUGAGCUUGUCCCGGAGUGUCCAGGAGCUCACGGAAGAGAACCAGAGCCUGAAGGAGGACCUGGACCGCGUGCUGAGCACCUCCCCAACCAUCUCCAAGACACAGGGUUAUGUGGAGUGGAGCAAGCCCCGGCUGCUGAGGCGCAUUGUGGAGCUGGAGAAGAAACUAAGUGUGAUGGAGAGCUCAAAAUCACACGCCGCAGAGCCAGUCAGAUCACACCCGCCAGCCUGCCCUGCAUCCAGCUCUGCGCUGCACAGACAGCCACGAGGGGACUGCAACAAGGACCACGAGCGUCUCCGAGGGGCUGUGAGAGACCUGAAGGAAGAGCGGACCGCGCUGCAGGAGCAGCUGCUGCAGAGAGGUUUGGAGGUGAAGCAGCUCCUGCAGGCGAAGGCCGACCUGGAGAAGGAGCUGGAGCGUGCGAGGGAGGGCGAGGAGGAGAGGAGAGAGCGAGAGGAGGUUUUGAGAGAGGAGAUUCAGACGCUUACCAGCAAGCUCCAAGAAUUGGAAGAAAUGAAGAAAGAAGAGAAAGAGGAUUGCCCGGAAGUUCCUCAUAAGGCCCAAGAGCUCCCAGCUCCCACUCCCAGCAGCAGGCACUGCGAGCAAGACUGGCCACCGGAUUCCAGCGAGGAGGGGCUCCCGCGGCCCCGCUCCCCCUGCUCUGAUGGGAGAAGAGACGCCGCGGCCAGAGUCCUGCAGGCCCAGUGGAAGGUGUACAAGCACAAGAAAAAAAAGGCUGUUCUGGAUGAGGCGGCUGUGGUGCUUCAGGCAGCUUUCAGGGGACAUCUCACGCGGACAAAGCUCUUAGCAAGCAAAGCACAUGGCUCAGAGCCACCCAGCGUGCCAGGCCUCCCAGACCAGAGCUCUCCUGUGCCCCGCGUUCCGAGCCCCAUCGCCCAGGCCGCGGGCAGCCCUGUGCAGGAGGAGGCCAUCGUCAUCAUCCAGUCCGCUCUGCGGGCACACCUGGCCCGGGCCAGGCACAGUGCUACCAGUAAAAGAACCACCACCGCAGCUUCUACCAGGAGGAGAUCGGCUUCAGCCACACACGGGGACGCCUCCUCCCCACCCUUCCUCGCAGCUCUUCCUGACCCCUCUCCCUCAGGGCCACAGGCCGUGGCACCUCCACCUGGGGAUGACGUCAACUCCGAUGAUUCCGACGAUAUUGUCAUUGCACCGUCUCUGCCCACGAAGAACUUUCCAGUUUAGGUCCCCGUCACUGUCUCCAUGCCGUGAUGGCAGCACUGCCGAGGACAUAGGAACCACGACUGGAAAGAUAAUUUAUCAUGUUAGGAGAAGAACGAUGAUACCUACUUAACACCUCAGCAUCUGCGUCGUGUCUCUUUGUGCUUUUGUUUGUGGAAGGAGACCCAAAUGCCUUUACUUUAUUCUCUGGGGAGGGCCAGCGGCUCGCAUUCCCCCUCAUCUCCAGCUGCAGCUCAGAUGGUGGAUUUUCAGUGCCAACAGACACAUCUGCCGUGAACUCGCAGAUGCCAGGGAGCCCUGUAGUGACACGUUCUCUGACAGCACCUUGCCGCCUGCCCACGACCUUGACCGUGAGGAGCUGCUAUCCGCAACCAGCGCCGACACCAUGCCCCCUCUUCCUGGUGACACCCUCAACAACCAGGAUUUGCUCGAUCUCAGCCCAGCAGGCCAGGCAGACACACUCCGCUGUGCCUUAGGAAGGUGUGAGACCGGCUUCCCCCAUCCCCACAGCAAAACACAGCCUGUCCCAAGCCAGUGAGGAGCUAAAGACACCCAGGUCCCCAAAUGAUCUUACUCCAUGCCCCACCUGCUCACACCGUCCUUUCCCGUCACCCUUGCUAUCCCCUGGAGCACUGCCCUCCAGAGCUGCCCUUCCCAGGAAGGAAUUUGGUUGGAUUCUGUCACUGUGGAGACCAAGAUUUUUUAAAAUUCCCAAUUAUAAUCACAAAAGCAGCAUCACACUUGCUUCUGAGAACAGCAGGGUGAUGUCUGUUCCCAAGCUGGUGGCGGGAGCCUUAGCCUAUGUGGGGCCACCCGGGGAAGAGGAGGGUGAGGAGGCAGGCUCGCCGUUCCAAGGGACAGCAUAGGCUCGUGGUGGGGCGUGUUGCAUCUGGUGUCUGGGACAGUCCCCAUCACCCCAUGUGUGCAGCCUCUGCACUCCCACCUCCAUGGCUGGGCUGGGCUGGGCUGGGCUGGGCUGGGCUGGGCUGGGCUGGGCUGGGCUGGGCUGGGCGUGCGGAGCCCGUGGAGCCAGCAGCUGCAGAGGCCUAGGAGGGAGUUCCUGGGGGAAGCGCACAGUGUCCAGUGCCCAUCUCUUGCUUGUGUGUGAGAUUAGCCCUUGCUGGGGUGUCAAGAGGAAGAGCCUUAGACCUGGGCGGGCCUUCAGGGGCAUCUAGACCCCUGCACAGCCCAGGCCUGGUGUCUGCAUUUCCAUAGCACCCCUGUGGGGACUCCUGCCGGGGCUGGCCGCUGUCUCAGGAGAGACCCAAUGGUUAGAAAGCCCCUUUUUACACAGCUGACAGCUUCUCCCAAGGCUUCCAUCCAUGGGGACAGGCUAACCCCUGGGCGCCUUUUCUGCAGCAUGGCGGCCUUCUGAGUCACCUAAGCUGAGCCUGGGGCAUUCUCUAUGGCGGUCAGAAGGCUGAUGGCCCCAACACAGUGGCUUGUGGAAGGGAGAGAGGAGGUUCUGCAUGUCCACCUGCCCUAUGGGAGGAGGACACAGGUGUCCCCAGCCCAGCCUGUUCUCUCCCAGUCACUCAGGGAUGGGGCCACCCAAAGUGCAGGACCCGCCCCACCCUGCGGUUCUCAGCCUGGCCCCUGUCUCCACUUAGCUUCUGUUUCUGCAGUGGGUGGAAGCGAGUCAGUGGGGGGCCUGGCUUGUGUACAUGUUUUACUUAUUUGGUCUGUGGGUUGCCAAGUCCAUUUUUUUCCCCACUGAACUGGCUGGUAACUUGACGGACUGUGUAACUGACACAGGCCCUCUGUAGACCCCUGCCUUCACCCCACCCGCCCGGGUCCACUCCCUGGGGCGCUGUCCCAAGCCAUCCCUCCUUGCCAGCUCAAAGCUUCAGGUCCUAGGAGCCAGUCCGCCUCGAAAGCCCUGAGAAAGUGAGACACCUGCACGUUCGCUGGGGGAGACCCUCCGUUCUCUUGUGGCAGCUGCUCCCACUUGUUAAACGAAGCUGUUUCUGCGGGACGUGCUCACUCUUGGGAACCAGUGGCCUAGAGCUUUGGGUGACAGGCAUAGAGAGGGCUUUCCUGCCUCAGGCUUGGAGGCCAAUGUUCCAUACAUAAACCGCCAUGUCCUCUGGUGCAGCUGGGCUGCUCUUUUAAAAGCCAGCAUCCAUCUUGAAGCUCGCUGGGUAAAUGGCAAUGCAUUCUCAAGCCUGUGUCUUCAGCUGAUGCCCAGUGUCCAGUGCUGGUCACCAGUCCCCUUUGCUGGGUACAGCCUGCCUGGCUGUUCUGUGGUCCUGGAACGCUGCAGUGUGGUUUUGUUCCAUGGAGACAGUACCAAGCGGAGAGGCCUCCUUGCCCACGGCCCCAGGGCCUGGGGGCCAGGGGUUCUGGCCCUGCGGGGACUUAGGCAGGAGGGGAAGAGAAGCCCAUGGAGCCACGGGAGGGGUGUCAUGGGCGGGGCCUAGCCAUGGGAGGGGUGAGCUGUGGGCGGGGCCUAGUCAUGGGAGGGGUGAGCUGUGGGCGGGGUGAACUGUGGGUGGGGCCUAGCCAUGGGAGAGGUGAGCUGUGAACGGGGCUAGCUAUGGGUGGGGUGAACUGUGGGUGGGGCCUAGUCAUGGGAGGGGUGAGCUGUGGAUGGGGCCUAGCCAUGGGAGGGGUGAGCUGUGAGUGGGGCUGAGCCAUGGGAGCAGCAAGCUGGUGGAGUGGGCUGGGCGGAGCUGUGGGGGCUGCUGGCAGGGCCUAGGAAAGUAGACAACUCCCGGGGGAGACGAGGUAGAGAGUGAGUCCCCAAGAAAGGGACUCCUGCCCCAGCGUCAAGUGCCAAAGCAGGCCCCAUCUACCACUUCAGGGUCGACGUUGGUGGCAGGUGUUGUUCACGGUGUACUGAUUGUCACUGCAACACCUCCACAUCACCUUGAACUUCAAGAACAGCAGCAAAGCUGUAUCUGCUAUCAGAGGCUGUUAGGUAGUCCAGCUUUAAAAUAACACACUCUUUCUUUAUCCCAUGCCCUUUAAACAGGCAGCCACAGGAGAUGUCAGUCUCCAGGGCCUGGCCCCACUGUGUUGACAGCAGUCACGUCUGUUGAGCUGACACUGCUGAGGCUGAAGCUGGCCCCGUGCAGGUGGCUGGUGAGCCACAGGUGCAGUACCCGGAGGUGUGCUCUCCCCUAGAGGCCUGUCCCCAACUCCUCGCCUAGAGGCCUAUUCCCGCUGCUCACAGACCUCAGCAGAGGCACCAGCUGGAGGGCUCCAGGGACAUCCUUGGAGAUACGGGAGGCUUUCCUGGCACAGGGCACAGCUCUUAGGAGGCCUUUGUAGGAUGCUGUCUCCCCAGUGUGUCCUGCUCAUCCAGGAUGGGGAGAAAGAGGAGGAGGCCCCAGGCUUAGAAGCCAGGGACAGACUGCCGACGAUUACCAAACUGAAUCCAGGCAGUGCCAUGACCCUGGGUGUCCCUUGGUUCACAUCACCCACCAGACACAGCUGCGGAGAGAGUGCAGGGAGGGGCUGGGACCAAACAGGCCAGAAACUGGCAGAAAGGAGGCAGAAGUGAGGUGGGUGUGCCUGGGGCACGAAGCCAGCGCCGGGGGGGAUUUCAGUGGAGCCUUACAGCCAGGCUCCGUGCGGACUGUGAUGCCAGAGAGGCGUGCAGCCUCUGGGCAAGUCGGGAGAGGGCUUGGGUGGUCCCCACAAGGCAGAAGAGGUGGAAGGGCCAGAGAGGACCACCAAGACCACCGUUCCCGCAGGCCUAGGGUGAGUGACCUGACUAUGAGACUAGCGGGCAGAGCCAAGCAGGGCUAAACUCCAUCCCAGGGCCCGGUGUUGGACAAAGUAGCUUUUUCUUUGCUCGUUUGUCUGUGUAUUAAGAAGAGACUAAAAUAGCCAAACGACGCUGGUCGCAUGCGCUGGCUGUGGUCUGUCUGCUGAAUGUCUAUUUUUGUCUCCUGACGAGACGUGAGGACCAUGCCCUUGAUCCCUCCGAUGGACCAGAAACCCCCUUCCUUGCAAAAAAAAAAAGGCAAUUGAAUUAGAAAAAGAUAGCCCAACCUAGCUCAGAUCCACCAAGAUAAGCACAGCAAAGCUUGGCUGCAUUUUUGAGGAAUAAAAACCAGCAGAAAGCACCGAUAACCUUCAAGAUCUGAAUGAGAUUCUAUUAUAACCCGUCUAAACGAUUGCAAAAUUCCUCCUUUGGUUUUGGAAGCAGCGUUUGCUCUCCCGUGGCUCAGGGAUUCUCUGAGGACCAGGGAGUUGACACACAAACCCCGCCAUGGGUCCGAGCCAGCUAUUUCUUAAGGCUCCCACCUCGCCAAGCUCCCAAGGGCCUGCUGGCAGUGCCUACGCUGUGCCAACUACCCUGUCUGGUACAGACCACGGCUGGGUAAGCACCCUUAAAAGCAACAGAAAUGACGUCUGGAAGCUGAAAUGUGAAACUGUCAAGAUGGCUUAGGAGAGGAAGGAGUGGACCCGCUGGUCUUUGGCAUUUUGUAUUUAGAAUUAUUUUAACUUUAUACAUAAUGUAUAGGCCGAUCUUUUGGAAGGGAUAAGGUUUUCAUUCUUGUGCAACUCAUUAUUCUCAUUAUUGGCCUUUGAAAUAAAAAGUCGUUUUGCAGCGUG